AUGGAUCACUUCCUCUUCCACACUCCCGACGAUGCCGUUCAACUCGAUGGAAACGAGCUGUUGGAGUUGUUACCAACAUUUACGCGCAGGCAUUACUUCGUUUUGGAGGGCACGAACCUACCUGCGAAGCUGUUUCUCAGUGGCAAGAUAUACACACGUUAUCAAGACCCGAUGUUGGGGGAUACUAUCAUCCUAUCCAACCCUCAUAUAGCGUCACUCGAAGCGGGAUAUCGGAAGGUCAUCGAGUUUUUACAGCAAACGAUGUAUGAAACCUUGCCAGAACCUAACCAGAAUGUUUUAGGCCAUUGGCUUUGUACUCCACUCGGUGCUGACGCGGACCAUGCGAUGGUGCGGAUUCAAAUACCUGCUUCAAAGACUGCAGUUGCCUUAGAAUGCUACAAUAUCCCCGAACUCGCGUAUGCGAGUGAUCAAGACCCUCUUUUGGAACCUGAGAGGGAUAAUCCUAGCUAUGUUCUACGACACGAUUAUACCUACAUGAUUAAUCCCCGGAAGAUCAAGGCUGAGAAAGGUUUUGACGACUGCUGGCAGGGAGGAUUAGUGCGGAGAUUAUAUUUCGGAUUAUUGGGGAUUAUGCUGCAUUACGAUUACCGUCAAGAUUAUGUCGUGGAUUAUUAUGAAGAUUAUGUCGGAUUAUCUCGAGAUUAG